UAUCCAAGUAAAUUCGAUGAAAUGUUGAUAUAAGCCCAGUUACAAAUCAGUUUUUCUUUAAAAAAAAUUGAGACAGUCGCGUUUAUGUGGCUGGCUGCUGUCCAUGGUGCUGUUGUAGCGUAAUGUUCCUCUCCGAGGCUGCAGAGGGCGCCAGAGCGCAAACAUUACUACAUCUACCAGCAGAAGGAAGAACGACAUGUGAGCAGCAGCAGGAGGGAAAACAUGGCGAUACCCAUCAGGAUCUCCCCUCUCUGUCGCUGGGCAGGGCGGACAUUGUCCUCUCUGUCUGCGGGACACAGGCGGGAAGUCAGUCUGUCAGCGAAAAGGCGCUUUAUAUGCACAUCAACGGGAAACCACCUUCAGUUCAGACUCGAUGAGCGUACGGCCCACAGCAGCCUGGACCUCUUCAAGAAAGACACAGGCAUCAUCUACCGCAUGCUGGGCCUCGACCCCUCCCAGGUCCAAGACGACCCCGAGCGUUUCCGAGAGUGGGCCGUCGUGUUGGGCGACAAAACGAUUAGCAGCGAACGACACUACUGGGAGGUCACGGUGAAAAAGUCCCAGGAGUUUCGUCUGGGGGUCGCGGAGGCGGUGAUGUCCAGAGACGAGUGCGUGGGUACCAGCAGCUCCUCCUGGGUGUUCGGCUAUGCUCAGAGGAAGUGGUUCGCCAUGACCGGCAGUAAGGUGGUUCCUGUGACUCUGGUGGGGAAACCGGACCGAGUGGGGAUCCUGCUAGACUACGACGCCGGGUUCGUGGGGCUGGUGGACAUUGAGAAGCCCAGAAUCAUUCACACACUCAGAGCUCGGUUCACGGCUCCUGUUUGCCCGGCGUUUGGGCUUUGGGACGGGGAAAUCCUCACACACUCUGGUCUGGAGGAGCCAGAAGGCUUGAAGUGAAGCUGGAUUAACCCAGAUGACUGCCAUGGAUAAUCAGGCAGCAUUUAUCAGCAUCCUACAUAACUGUGCAGGUCAAACAGCAAUAGGACUUAUCUUCCAAUGAUGAUUAAUUACUGUGUAAUUCAGCAAAUCAUCACUUUGAAUAAUAUAAACUCAUUCUGUGUGUGUUUUCUGCGUGUAAUGGAACAUUACCUCAGAGACUAAAUGAGGAAACAAGGAACGUGUGGUUAGAUUUGAGAAAUAUUUGCUGCCAAUUUUGUCUUAUACAAUGCAUGCUGUGGUAUUGUCCACAAAUGUACUCCUUAAAACAUCACAGAGCUUCUCUGUGUUCAUAUUCAAACCAUGUAUUGUUUAAUAAAAUAACUUCACUGAAA